CGUCGUCAUAGCCGGGGCCACCGUUGAAACGAGCACUCCAUGUGUGUUGCCAAAUCCUCAUCCUCCUCCACGACCUGAUCAACAACCUCCUCUCGUCCAUGUGGAUAGCUUCGUGUUUUGAUUGAGCCGUGAUUGGCACAGGUCCUUCGCCGACCCCCCAAACCUCGCCAUGUUUGGGAACAGAAGGCGGAGAGCCGCCUCGAACCCGGUAGGUGCCAAUUCCCAUGAUACAUGCCAGAACCCUCGACCCAGAAAUCCUCGCGAUGCGACGACCGCAGUCGGAGCGCUGGCCUUCAGGCUAGACCACGGCAGCGCUACGACGGAACCCUAUCCACGGUUUAAUUACAGAGACAAGACGACUAACGACAUCUAUCUAUAUAGCCCCUCAACGGUCCAAAUGUCAAUUCCAACGCGGCCGUCGCUGCGGCGCAAGCCUUUCUGAACAACCGCACGUCGAAUGCUUCUUUAUCCUCCGCUGCCGCCGCCGCAGCUCUGCGAUCCAGGCCACCCACUCCCACAUCCGUCGCCGAUGUACAGACCAAGAGGACCUUAAGACGAGCUGGCUCGGUAGCUUCUACGGGCAGUGCGGGUUCAGGAAAACCUUCCUUGGAACGGAGGGGAAGUUCGAGCUCCAUGUCGGAGAGAACCUUCCGAGAUCCAUCUCCCUUACGGUCAUCGCAGCCAGUACCUAGUGCGGCAGAUGCACCGCCGGUUCCUGCACUCCCAAAGAAUAUACGGCCAGCCAUUCCAGAGAAAUCCCAUCGACGAGCGGCCAGCUUGGAUGUGUCCCCAGUGCGUGUCGCCCCUCCUCCACCAAAUAAACCGAGCGGACGAGGAUCAAGUUUGGGACCGACGAUGGCAUCGCGCAACGGGCGAGCGGGACAGAGAGAUUCGAGUCCAGUUAGUCUACAAGAGAGAGGUGGAACUCCGUCGCAUAGAGGGUCCGUCAAUUUUUCUUUGCCUACGAGCUCAAGACCUGCGUCACCCAUUCUCACACACAGACGGCUAACAUCAGCACCUCAAAGGGUAAAACCGCCAACGAUAACCUCCCCUACUAACAACAGUCUGGUCUAUGAUCCCAAUACCCGAAGUUUUUUACCUCAAGCGGAGGUAUUGGCUAUUGAGCAACGAAUGUACGACGCAGCGAAUGCACCCGUCAAGAAGAAGAAAAGAGUUGCGCCAAAGCAAGCAGUAGGAACACAUCUUGCCGACAAGACAAUGGGAGCAAAACCGAGGGGAACUGCUGUCGAUGCGAUGGAAGCUGCAACCGUACAAAACUCCGUGCCAAAGAGGGCUCUGGAAUCAAGAUCAGACCGAAUAACCAGACCGGAAGCUGUUUCGCAAAGCGUCCAAGAUUCGCCGGGGCGGGAGAAGAAGAAAGUAGUUUCGAGCGAUUCGGGAAGCGAUCAGGCAUCAUAUAUACCAAAUUCGUCAGAUGGAGAUGAUGAUUAUACUACUAACGCUACAGCAUCAAAUAACCAGGAAGGUUCUCCACUCGUUAAGAAGCCAUCAAUUGUGAGAGAGGAAAGAGAGAGGGAGGAGGAGGAAGAUGAUACCCCAAUAAAGGCGCAACAUGAUGUUCCCAAGCUGGAUACGAACACCACACGAUAUCGAACAACUUCUCCACAAACCCUACCAAGAUCACUUGCGGGGAGGGGCAAGGGACAUAUUUCGCCCGAACUUGGUCGGCAAUCGCAACAAAGUAUCCUUGCCAGUGAUGUGAAUCUGGAAGUGCCUGCGGACGAGGUAACACCAACCGCCAAAGGAAGCAUUCGAGGUGGGAGGGCAAAUUCUGUGAGCCCAGCACGAGCUACACACUUUGCAAAGUCGCCAUCCGAAAACCUACUUGUGAAGCACCAACCUCCGCCGCGGUCCAUAUCCCCUCGCAAAUCUGCGUUGAAACAUCCAGGAGCUGCUCGAGGGUCAUCACCACUUGCGUCAGAAACACAUAAAGGAAGCAUAUCCAAUGACAGUCCGGAGGAGCUUGCGGUUCCCAGAAAGAAGGCCAACCGUGUUAGUUUUGAUGAAACCAACGUGAUCGUCGGAUCGGCUGCUCCACCUGUCACCCUGGACUCUCCAAUUGUGCAAGGUCCACAAACGAGGAGAUCGUGGUUCAGCAUGAGUAGAGGGAAGAAGAAGGAAGCACCUUCUUUCGACGAUGAUGAUGGCCAGGUUAUGAAGCCAAGGCCAGCUUUGCCUUCCUUUGGGAGUGUGCGAGAAAAGAAGCCGCAACGAGAUGUUACUCCGGAACGCCCACUCAUCAAGCCCACCAUGACUGAAGGUACGGAAGCUACUGUUCCAUCUCCGCCGCUUACGACUCCACCUACUGCUGAAAAUGUUGAAAAUCCUCUGGGUCCAUCCAACGACUUUAUAGCCGGGUCGAUUCUAGCUCAAGACGCAGCGAUGAAAAAUGCGGCAAACAUAUCGAGAUCUCGGGAACCACUACCUACGGGGGAACCCUUACCACCACAAGUCACAUCUGUUGAUGGUAAUGGCUACCUUUCAGAUACGAGUAGCAGCGUCGCGAGCGGAGAUGAAUUCGAGGGCGCAGAAGUAAAUAGCCCGACCGAGAAUGGCAAGACCGGCAAUGGUGGUCUUCACAUUGAUACCUCCCAGCAUGCUGCAGAAAAUUCCACAGGCCGGGCAGACCUCGAUGAGCCAGAGUCCAAAGAGGAGGGAGUUCCAGGUAUUUCCAUCACCGGCGCAACUCCUACCAUAGAGGUCACGGAAAAGACGGGGGAAUGGCCAGACAUGCCAGGGGGGUGGGGUGAUGAGCACUCAGACUCAGAACAGAAUGAUCCUAGUACGUCGGCCGUGGUGGAAACUACUGUGGCACCACCAUCAGCUGUCGCCCCGCUUAGCUCGCCCGUUCUUGCAGGAACUAGUGCUCGUCGGCACCAGACGACGGCUAUCGUAGAAGAAAGUGAGGAAUCUGAAGGUGACAGCAUCUACAGUGAUGCUGCUGAGGAACUUGAUGGUGACGGCUUCAUGUCUCUGGAUGCUGUUGUCGACAGCCCUAUCAUUUCUACCUCCGGCGCUGAAACUGCCCUCACCACCCCACCUGAUAGCCCAACUUCAAAGGCUACAAGGGAGAGGGCGUACCGUCAGCUUAUUGAGAAAACAGGCGGGCCAGGAAAAGAUGAUGGUUGGGAAAAGGCCCAAGAAUACUGGAGAAGUCUUUCUACAGAGAAAAAGAGACAAUUGGAGCUUGAAGCAGAAGCCGAGAGUGCCCCUUCAUCGCCCACGAAACCUAAGGAGAAAGCGCCUGUGAAGCCGUCUCCGUCAGCUAGUGUUCCAGCGCCUCGGCAAUCUGCACCUCAUAAACAGAGAACUUACAUGAUUGCGCCUGGUACGAAGCAUGAUGAGCAGCCUAUUCCACUGCGGUCUUCCAUGCGUCCUACGCCCCAGGAUAUUCCCACCAAAGUACAUGUGAGAAAGUCGAUGAGAAGUCCUGGUGUCGAGCCCAAUUCUCCACGUGAGUCUCCAUCUGUAGAGCCACGAGGAACUUUGCAAAAAAGGCACCUCCCUAUGACUCGCACCACGGAUGACUACAAGCCAGACCCCGAGGCUGUUGAUGCUAUGAUAAGAAAAUUGACAGCUCAAAGAGCUGCAGCCGCUAUGAAGCAGCCAUCUGCGCCGCCAGCGCCUACCCUUCGAAGAAAAGGUUCAGCGGAUAGCGAUAGCAGUUUCAAGCGUGCCAAUAAGGCUUCUCCUGAUGUACCUCGCUUUAGGAGUUCUAUGCGAGGCUCUGUAGACAGUGGUCGAAAACAAUCCCCAAUUCCUGCAAGUCGUUUCAGCUUAAGGUCUUUGUCGCCAGGGCCUACCAAGCGCCGUCCAUUUAGCAGUAACGAGGCACCCCCCUUACCGUCUUCUCCUCAAAGUUUUAUGAGAAACUCGAUGCGCCCUUCCACUUCAGGUCCCACGCUUCGUGGGCCUCCAGCUCGUGCUAAAUCUCCAAUUCGUCUACCUGGAUUUCGUCGAUCCGCAAACAAAGCAAAAAAGAGCCAUGCCAAGAAAUCCGGGAGCAGGUUCGGCGACUCGAGUGACGAGGAAGAUGAUCGACCAGCGUUCCGGAGUCGCUUCAAUGAUUCUUCUGAUGAAGACGACGAGCCACUGCCCCCGAGAUCAAAUGGACUUCACAAGACGAUGCGAUCGAAUGCUCCAGUGCGUGGAAUUCCGAGGCGUUUUGGAACCGAAGAUGGCGAUUCUAGUGAUCUUCCUGACUCCGAUGACGAGAGGCCAAUUCCCAAAGCCGCCCAGGCUGCGACAACAGUUGAAUCUAACGGGGCAUCUAGGAGAGAUACCAAGUCGAGUGAGGGUGGUAUCUUGGCAUCUGGCUUUCUCCGCAGGUCGGGUAGUGGGAGAGGAGCAAUGAGUCCCGUUUCUGCGAAUGGGUCAUACACGCGACCUAAUACCGCAAGAAGGAGCAGUUUCAUGAGCAUUCUCCGGAGAAAAAAGGCCGAUCCUAGUUCCAAAGUAAGGAAGAGCGGAGCUGAGAGUCCCGCGAGGAGGGAUGCGCCGUUGGAACGGAGACGAUCCGAUCUAGCGACGCUGAAAGACUCUGAGCGGCCAACCUCUCCCAAAUUACAGAAGAGAAAUCCCUUUGAGAGGAGAGUCAGCGGUAAUACAGAGAAUGGGAAUGGGAUUGGAAGUGAUUGGCCCUUGGCUGCACCACCGAUGAUGGGUGAUGAGAGCAGGAGACCCGGUACGUCUGGGACUGCUGAUGAACCGGAACCCACCGCCGGAGGUGAUGAUAGACCUGGGCUGGGGAAUCGACGACAUACUGCUACGGGACUAGGUGGGGUGGACAUUCUUGGGGUGGUGCCGGGGAGGAAGAAGAAGAAGUUUGGGGCGCUUAGGAGGAUGUUUAGAUUGGAAGAGUAGAAGUUGAACUAAUUGCCCACGAACGGGAUUCUCCUUUUGUCUUUUGCUUUUUCUGGAUUUGGGCGAUAGGUAAAGGAGCGUUGUGAAGGUGAUGUUUUCUUUCAUUUGUAUAUUGUAGGGAAAGGGGACGCGGGGCUAGGUUUGGGGUUGGAUUAGGGGUCGUUGUAUCUUUGGGCGAGUCUCUGUUCUGGAGUUGGAAUCAAGCAUGUAUGAUGAGCAUAGGAUGUAAAAUGAACGAGGCUUGGAAUUCGGUCGGGGUGUUUGGUUGGUUGGUGCUAGCAUAGUAUACGCGGAAGACUAGGAAGGAAAGGAGUUUGUCUUUCUUUUCUUUUCUUUUCCUUUUUCUAGCUAUUCUAAUUAGAAUCAAGGGUGAUUACCUAGCUAGGUUAAUAUUUAAC